AUGAGCAAUGCAUGUUGUAUAUGCGUUCACGUAAACUGUGUUCUGUUGUUGUUGUGGGGUUAGACUGAAGAUAGAUAACAUUACUUGUCGAUAGAUAACCUGAUUUUUUCUAUGAAAUAAUUUAUUUUUAUCUUACAAAUGUGAAUAAGCAGUUUAGAAAAAUAAUAGUCUAGUAAAUAUUUGAAAAGGGAAAUCAGCAAGUUUGAUAUAAUAAGUUAUUAUAAAGUUUCUUUAGGGUUAGGACCCUACAUUUAUUCAGUUACAUUCAUCGAUUAUAAUAAAUUUGAAUUGAAACAGCCUACAUUUUAAAAUGUUUAUGUUUAUUCCAUACAAGAUGCGGAUUGUCAGAAUGAUAACUCGCCGCAUAGAAAACUACAAGAGAAGAACAAUUGCGGGUGUUGAACUCCUGUGGGAUAGUGUUUUUAAAGGGGGGAUGCUGGGAAUGAUAGUUGCAACUAUUGUGUGGGUUUCAAUUUUUUUAUACAUAGUGUUUUAUUACUUAUACAUGCCUUCGUUGUCCCACACCAGACAAGUGCAUCUACAGUUCACAGCCUGUGAAACUGAGAAGGGAGUUUGUAGUUUUCCCUCAGCUCACGUGCAGUUAACUAAGAAGCAGCAGUUACUCAUGAUUGGGCAGAGGUAUAAAAUGUUUCUUAACUUAGAAAUGCCAGAAUCUCCAGCCAAUGUUGAUCUUGGCAUGUUCAUGGUGUGUGCGAGAAUGGUAGAUAAGGGAGGAGUGCUUGUGUCAAAUUCUUGCCGUUCCACUAUGCUGCACUACCGUAGCCAGUUCCUCAACUUCCUUUACACAUGUGUUAACUCUCCUUUCUUCUUGUUCGGCUCCAAAGAGGAGAAGCAGUUACUUACCAUCGAACUUUAUUCAGACUUUGAAGAACACCAGGGCCACCCAGUGACUGACAUCUACUUGGAGAUCCAGUCAAGGUUCAUAGAGCUGUACUCAGCCUCUCUUCACAUCCAAGCCCACCUGAGUGGUCUGCGAUACCUGAUGUUCCACUGGCCCCUGCUCUCUGCCAUUCUGGGAGUGUCCUCAAACCUCUUUAUCUUAGCAUUCAUUUUCUCCCUCUCGUGGUACCAUCUUUACAUGCAAAACGAAAAUGGUGGAGGAAUGUUUCUAGACUUCAUGAAAAAGUCUUUAACAAGCAGGUCCUUCAGGAGUCGAGUCUGGGGGAGUAGUGGUUAUAUUGAAGAUUUAAGUCCAAGACCAGAGAAGCAGUCUGGGAGUAGCAGUGAAAAUGAUGAAUCACGAUCAAGCCAAGAAUUCUUCAAGCCGGGAACUAGUGAAGAACUAGGCUACUAUCUCGAUGGAGAAGAUUGAAUCUUAUUCUCCAAGUCAAUAGAGCGAAAGAACUGAAGAUCCUGUACCUGAUGAUACUGUGUGUUGUACACUCCGUCUGCCAUCACAAGCUGUUUUGAACUUGUGCUGAGUUAAUUGGAUACAUUAUAUUAAAUAUUUACAAUGAUGACAACAUUCAAAACUGUCAUAAAAUAUGAUACAUUAGAUUAUUAAAUAAUUUUACAUUAAUUUUAUGGUAAAUGAAUAUGAUCUCAAUAAUUUUGAUUUUAUAACUUUUGAAGAAACUUAUGAAGUGAUCAAAACUUUAUGGCAUUUAGGAAGAAUUAGCAGAAUUCAUCUGGAAUAUCUGAUUUUAUUACUUAAUUUGAAUAUUUCCAUUAUUCUUAUAUGACUUGGACUCGCUGACAUAAUACAGUGUUCACUACAACAUAAAUUCCUAAGGCCGUAUCUGAUUGUUCUAUGGGUCAAAGAGUCCUGGAGUACCCAAAUAGGGACAUUAAUCCUUGUUCAUCUUCUGGGUUAGCUUCAUCGCAAAAUCCAUCCUAAUUAUAAUUAAAUUGUGGAUGUAAAGCUUGAAUAUUCACAUGAAUUUAUGUGUUUUGAAGGAUUCAAAGAAGGUAAUCUUGUUUGUUAUCAUAAUUUUAUUUUUGCAACAAAUAUUUUAUGGUUCAAAGAUGAUUUAAUACAUUAUAAGUAAUUUUGCUCUGUAUUAAUUCAUUUGGAUAAGUAUUGAUCGUCUAUAUUUGUUUUUAUUAAUAAAGAACAAUAUCUUAGAAAUAAACUGUAGGAAUUAUUAACACAAGUAUAAUAACAAUCCUAUUUGAUAAAUCUUUUCUGAAUGAAUUUAGAAAGGUUAAUGUAACUCUUAUAAAUUAAUAAAUAUAGAUCAAAAUGAAAUGA